GGAUUCACCGUGCUCUCCCGCCAUGGCGGGCUUGCAGAUUGAAGUGGAGGAGCCCGACCUUUCGAUGGAACUUAUGGGUCAGCUUCGAGUGCAUCUUUCGGCACUCGAAGCGGACUACAUGAAGGAGGUCCGAAAGGAGGGAAGCGAGGCACCCGCCUGUGCGGCGUCUCACUGUGAGAAAUAUUCCGACUUGGCGGCAGCGGAGAUAGCGUGUAUGCUCCAGAGCUUCAAUCCAGAAAUCUCUGAGGAGGAUCUGGCACGAGAUGUGCAUAGCAUCAUCCAUACGCAGUCGGUAGUUGGCCAUUUGCAUCCGCCAAUGCUGACAGCACUACGCGAGUGCGUCCCGUUAGAUCGUCGUGCCUGGUUCGCCAAUGACAUCCACAGGCAUUUGCUCCGGCAGCGCCGCCGGCGGCCCUUUAGGAAGGUGCUGCAGAUUUUCAGGCAACAGAGCGAGGACCGGAAGGUCCAAGUGACCGUGCUGAGUGCCUUUGGCGGUGCCGCUGUGGGCAGCACCGGUGGCGGCGCCUUGGGCUUGAUCGCCGGCGGCUCCUUCGGUGCUGCCUGCGGCUUGCUACCCGCCAUGCUGACAUUUGGGAUCUCCAUUCCCUUGGGCGCUGCUGUCGGCGGCACCUGCGGCCUCAUCACCGGCGCGGCAGCAGGAGGCACUGCUGGUCUGGUGAGUGGUGGCCUUGUGGGCCAUGGAUAUGCUCAUCGGCUCCUGGCGAGAAGUGUCUCGGAAGCGAGCAAGUUCAGCGGCCACUGCAGCAUUGCCAACUGGGCCUGGACACGGCGCUCGCGCGGCGAUGGAACGGGCGGCACUCAUUGAGGUCAACAUCCUGACCCUCAUUGUCCGUGAGUCAGGGAUGUUGGUUCCUGGCCGUGGUCCGCACGAGAUGGAGUUUCUAAGGCUGUGCAGCAGCUGCAGCCCCGAACCAAAGCAGAUGACUUGGUA